UCUGCCAUUACCGGCAGUGCGUUCCAGAGAACAUAUCGCGCAUGUUGUAUUAUUCCAUUAAAUACAUCAAUUAACAUACCAGCUGUCACUAUUAAGGAAAAAAGAUGUCCAAUGAAUUAACAGCUAAAGGUGAGGAUUGUCUCUUACAAGAAGCGACGGAUAAAUUUGUGUUAAAGUUCGGUCGGCAGCCGAGGGCGGCGGCGAGCGCCCCCGGACGUGUCAACCUUAUCGGGGAGCACGUAGAUUACUGCGAAGGAUUUGUGUUGCCAGUGGCGCUACCAUUCAAAACAGUAGUAGUGGGUGACUUCCACAACACAGAUGAGUGUAACAUCGUGUCGGUGUUAGCAGACGGUCAGGAGUUGAGCAGCAGUUUUCCCGCUCCUACUAUAGCGGAGUUAAAACCGGGCCCGCCAUCAUGGAUAAACUACGUCAAAGGCGUUGUCGCUCAUUUCCCUCGUACGGUGCAAGGUUUCAACGCGGUCGUAGUAUCGGAUGUUCCGAUGGGCUCCGGCGUGUCGAGCAGCGCCUCACUAGAGGUCGCGGUAUUCACUUUCCUGGAAGCACUAACUAAACAUGAAAUAGAUUUGGUGGAUAAGGCGUUGUUGUGUCAGAAAGCGGAGCACGAGUUCCCCGGCGUGCCGUGCGGCGUCAUGGACCAGUACGUCGUCACACUCGCACAGAGACACCACGCCUUGCUCAUAGAUUGCAGAUCGUUAGAAGCGGUUCAAAUCCCGAUGGUAAGUGAGGAUAUAGUGGUGUUGGUGGUGAACAGCAGCGUGAAGCACCAGCUGGCGGGCAGCGAGUACCCGCAGCGGCGCGCGCAGUGCCACGCCGCCGCCGCGCUGCUCGCGCUGCCCUCGCUGCGGCACGCUGCGCCUCAUCUUCUCAAAGAUUUAGAAGCCAUGAAAUGCGACGAACUUGUACUAAAGCGCGCGACGCACGUCGUCAAUGAGAUCAGCAGGACUGAGGAAACAGCUAACGCUCUUAGGAAUAAAGACUUUAAGAGAGUUGGUGAACUAUUCUAUCAAUCUCACGAUUCUCUGAGCAAAUUAAUGGAGGUGUCGUGUCCGGAGCUGGACGAGCUGGUGGACAUCUUGCGGUCCUCAGCCGGAGUCCUCGGCGCGAGGAUGACUGGCGGAGGGUUUGGAGGAUGUGUGGUUGCGCUGGUGAACAAGGAAAAUUUAAGUGGCGUGAAGAAGAAAAUCCUCUCCGAGUAUAACGGCAACCCCGUGUUCUUUGAAUGUCAGCCGAGCGAUGGAGCGCGUGUCAUAUCGUACAAUUUACAAGAAUAAAAAUUUCUGUUACCAUA